AGCACCGGGUCAGCUGGGCUUGCUUCCACUCAGCUACAGAGCUGCUGCCUCGUGGGCCCACCAGGGUAGGAUUCCCGGGGGCUUUGUCUGACUGGGCUGGGCCAGGGCAGAAUGGGGGUUCUGGUGGUGUUCUUGGGGGUGCUGAACUUCCUGGGGGCAGUUCUGGGGGGCUCCCCUGCCCUCCACUUGCACAGCACCUCCUGCCACUUGGCCAGACCCAUCUCUGGCAGCCCUUUGGGGUCCCUUAGCUUCUUGGGCAAGUCUGCCCAGGGACUAGCCCUGUUCCAUGCUCGCUGGGAUGGGCACGGGAGGCUGCAGGUCUGCAGCCGGCAGGAUGAGCCAGAGCUCACUACAGCCUUCAGUACCCUCUGUGCUGGAGAGAUCACCCGGGACUCCUUCAUCCACACCCCUGGACCUGAGCUGCAGAGAGCCCUGGCCACCCUUAAGAGUCAGUGGGAGGCCUGCAGAGGGCCUGCCGAGAGUCCAGCAGGGACCAGGGAGAAGCGAGCAGCAGGGCAGAGUGGAGCGCCUGGCAUGGGGAACCAGCGGGUGAAGAGAGGGUGGACCAUGCCUGGCACACUGUGGUGUGGAGUCGGGGAUUCUGCCGGGAACUCCUCGGAGCUGGGGGUCUUCCAGGGCCCUGAUCUCUGCUGCCAGGAACAUGACCGCUGCCCACAGACUGUCUCACCCUUCCAGUACAACUAUGGCAUCCGAAACUACCGACUCCACACCAUCUCCCACUGCAACUGUGAUGCCAGGUUCCAGCAGUGCCUACAUAACCAGCGGGACUCCAUCUCCGACAUCGUGGGCGUGGCCUUCUUCAACGUGCUGGCGAUUCCCUGCUUCUUGCUGGAGGACCAGGAGGCCUGUGUGGAGUGGUACUGGUGGGGCGGGUGUAGAACAUAUGGCUCUGUAUCCCUCGCCCGUCUCCAGCCCAGGACCUUCUACAAUGCCUCCUGGAGCUCCCUUGCCAUCCCCCUGACUCCCAGUCCUCAGAACCCAGUGCCCAGCAAGCCUCGGUGGAUUCAGCACCCUCAGAAGUGGCCAGCACAGCAGAAGGAGUCCGAAUACCCCAGCCAAGCCAACGCCUCAGCCCUCCAGGCCCCUGUGGCCUCCCCUGGGCCUGAUGUGGCCUCCAUAGUCCAGCUGGAGGUCACUGAUUCAGGCCUCCAGGGACCAUGGCGUGGCCUAAAACCUCAAGGUGCCCACCAGGCCUGCCGCAGCUUCCACCACCUGGACCAGUGUGAGCACCAGAUCGGGCCCCAGAAGACCAAGUUCCAGCUGUUCAACAAUGCCCGUGAACCCCUCUUCCACUGCAACUGCACGCGCCGUCUGGCACGCUUCCUGAGGCUCCACAGCCCACCUGUGGGCGCCAACAUACUUUGGGAGCUGCUGGGCAUAACCUGCUUCAAACUGGCCCCUCCACUGGACUGUGCUGAGGGCAAAGGCUGUUCCAAAGACCCCAGGGCCAUCAAGGUGUCAGCUCGGCACCUGAGGCGACUUCAGCAGAGGCAACUCCAGCUCCAGGGGACAGGCACAGACAACAGGCAGGCAUGGACUUCAGAGCACCCAAAGGCCGCCAUGUCAUUCUAUGAUCGGUGCCUGCAGCUGACCCAGGGAGCCGGAGGACCCGAAGGACAGCAGAAAUCCUGGAACCAGUGACCUCAGUUCCAGCUCUCCUGGGCACAAGACUGGACCUCGUCCCUGGUUUUGCUAGGCCCUGGGGGGGGGGGUGUCUCAGCUUCCCCUCCACGUGUUAGACUGAAGCAUGGACGGGCUCUUGUGGAUAGCCAGAGGGCUGCAUGGGUAGGGUGGGGGGGGCCAAGGCCCAAAUGCUGGACCA